UUCCCAUGAUGCACCGCUGCUGUCAAAACAACGCUUCGCCAUUUCAGGUCUACAGGGGCAAUAACUCCGGCAAAACCAGGAAUUAGGUCAACUGAGCUCUGGUAGUUUCUUCAUUGGUAACGUUUUUAACAAGUUCUCUAUCUUCUGCUGGUUAUUUCUGUUCCCGAUGCGUGUUAUCUGGUUGGUGCGAAUGAGUUUUUCCAGCGCGGGCCCGGGCUGAAGCGUCAAGUAUUUUUUUUUUCUCCCGGAUUUUCUUGCUAACAGCUACGAAGCUACCAGCGUGUAAACAGCCACCAGGAUGAAGCGGAUGAAAGGAGGAGAGGAGGGCAGCAACGGCUCCUCCAGUAACAGUCCACCGGAGGCGUGCAAAAAGGUGCGGAAGCAGAUGAGCGAGGAGUCAGAUGUUGCCAGUGAGUCACCAGACAGCGACUGGGCACGUCUGCCUCAGGAGCUCCUGCUGCAUGUUUUCCAGUACCUUCCGCUGCUCGACCGGGCUUACGCCUCCCAGGUGUGCCGCGGGUGGAACCAAGCUUUCCACAUGCCGGAGCUGUGGAGAUGCUUCGAGUUUGAGCUUAAUCAGCCGGCCAGCUCUUACCUGAAAGCCACACAUCCGGACCUCAUCAAGCAGAUCAUAAAGAGGCAUUCCAACCAUCUGCAGUAUGUGAGCUUCAAGGUGGACAGCAGUACGGAGUCUGCAGAGGCAGCGUGUGACAUACUCUCACAGCUGGUGAAUUGUUCGCUGAAGACCUUGGGGCUCAUAUCUACAGCCAGGCCCAGCUUCAUGGAGGUUCCAAAGUCUCACUUCAUCUCCGCUCUCACUGUGGUGUUCGUCAACUCCAAGUCUCUGUCUUCGCUGAAGAUUGACGACACUCCGGUGGACGAUCCGUCCCUGAAGGUGCUGGUGGCAAACAACAGCGACACGCUGAAGCUGCUGAAGAUGAGCAGCUGCCCUCACGUCUCCCCUGCAGGGAUCCUGUGUGUGGCCGACCAGUGUCAUGGGCUGAGGGAGCUAGCGCUGAACUACCACCUCCUGAGCGACGAGCUCCUCCUCGCCCUCUCCUCGGAAAAACACGUCCACCUGGAACACUUGCGUAUCGACGUGGUGAGCGAGAACCCCGGGCAGCACUUCCACACCAUCAAGAAGAGCAGCUGGGACGCCAUGGUGCGGCACUCGCCCAAAUUCAACCUGGUCAUGUACUUCUUCCUCUACGAAGACGAGUUCGGACCUUUCUUUAACGACGAGAUCCCCGUCACGCACCUCUACUUCGGCCGCUCCGUCAGCAAAGAGGUCUUGGGCCGCGUCGGCCUCCACUGCCCCCGUCUGGUGGAGCUGGUCGUGUGCGCCAACGGCCUGCGCCCCCUGGAUGAGGAGCUGAUCCGCAUCGCCAAGCACUGCACUCAGCUGUCGGCCAUCGGCCUCGGAGAGUGCGAGGUGUCCUGCAGCGCGUUCGUGGAGUUUGUCAAAAUGUGCGGCCGGAGGCUGUCCCAGCUGUCAAUCAUGGAGGAGGUGCUGAUUCCAGAUCACAAAUAUUCCCUGGAUGAGAUCCACUGGGAGGUGUCGAAGCACUUGGGCCGGGUCUGGUUCCCGGACAUGAUGCCGACCUGGUAGAGUAGAAGCCAGCCCGGUUCAGAGUUUCUGGUGUGGAACAUUUGCAUGUCCUCUGUGUUAGCGUUGGAAAGCAUUUAAAUGCUCAGCUUUACUGGAAUGUAUCGGUGGAGGGCAUGGAGGGCAUGGAGGGCAUGGAUGCAACACAGCACCCCCGAAUGCUUCACGGUGUUAUCAUGUCAUGCAAACACUACAAGAAUCUCUGCCUGUCGGCGUCAUCACGGACUGUGGAAACCUGCUUUGCUUAAUCUGUAGACAGACCUUCGCAAGGUGGCUCCUACCCACAUUAGUGCAGGUGUAAACGUGUGACAGGAAAUCUACAACUGUUUUAUAACGAUAAAUUGAGUUAUAUGGACAUUAUAGCUCGAUGUAAUGAAAGAUGUCAGUGUGCGUGUGUGCGCGUGCGUGUGUAAGUAUGUGUGCAUGAGUGCGUGUGAGUAAACAAUUAGGUGCACAAUUGCAUGUUGUUACACUACCACUUGGCCUACUUAAAUCCAAUCCGAGAUAGCAGCUCUGCACUUUGCAACGCAAUACAUCAUUGAACGUUUCCCACAAUGUAAUUUUAUAUAUAUACGAAGAGAUAGAAGAGGUUUUGUCAGGUGCAGCUGACGGGGGGAGGAGGAGGAGGAGGAGGGGAGGAAACGUUUCGUUCACCAUCUUUAACGAAUAUAAACGCAAUUUUCCUCCUUGCCCCCAAAGGUCACAUCACAAAACACGAUUGUUGGAAACAGAAAAAUGUGUGUAAAUAGGUCUCGAUAUUUGUUGAUGUGAAGGUGUUGAUGUCUGAUUUAUAUUUUCUCUCCGUCACGCAUGAAUUGGCUCGACAAUUGAGUAUCUCAGAAGGGUUCUGUACAGAUUCGCUAAGCACCUUAACGUGAAUACCAAAUGAUAAUCAGGACGAACCUUUACGGAGACUUUGCGGCCAAAUGAAAGCGUCGCUAUUUGUACUGUGCUGAGGUUCUGCUGAAUCAAACACCGAGGGCAGUAUAUUGAAGUAAUAAAACUGUAAUUAUUGAGAAAAUACAUAAAAUAAUUCUAUGUAUAUAUACACACCGAUCAGGCGACAUUAUGACCACUGACAGGUGAUAAACCAUUAGUGGGUGGGAUAUAAUAAACAGUAAGUGAACAUGUUGUCCUCAGAGUUGAUUUGUUAGGAUUUGAGCGACAAUGAACCUAAUUGUGAUGGUGAGACGACUGAGUCAGAGCUUCUACAAAACUGCAGCUCUUGUUGGGUGUCAUAGGAAUCGUUUAACAACGAGUUUGAGGCGUUAACUCGGCCUCUGAAUUUCUCAAACCCUGAGCAAACGGGGGGGGGAAACCAGCGCAAUAUUAGGAAGGGGGGUCAUAAUGUUACGCCUGAUCG